GUUUUGUCAGAUUUCUGUUUUUCCUUGCGAACAAUCGUGGAUAAUUAAAUGAAUAGUGCGUUGCAACAUUAAACAUUUGACAUUUCUUUGCAUAAUUUAAAGGAAAACUAAAACAUUUCAGAGGGUAAAUUGUGAAAAAUACGUUUGUCAUGUGUGAUGUGUUAAAUUUGACAACGAAAGCUGUACACAAGGCAUAAAGAAAGGUGAAAAAUGUAAAGCAACAAGAUAGAUUAAAAAGUUAAGAAAAACGAAGUCGAAAACAGAAAACGAGUUCACCCGUCUGACCGCCAGCGUGUCUAUUGACCAUCAUUUAAAGCAGAGAGAAAAGUUAACGAACAGCCAUGAGUACAAUACUGCAAUAAAAUACAGAAUUGGAGGAAGUUAAAUAACAUUUUCGAAAGUUAUAUGAAUAGGAGUUUUCAGAAUUUUUACAACGAAUCGAAUCCCAAACCCUAAGUUAUAUACUUCUGCCAAAACGAAACGCAAAACAUAAAACCGAUACAACUAAUAACAAAAGCUUCAACGCAACAAGACAUUAUGGAUAUAACACCGGGUCGUGCCCCAUUUACUGAAGAUGAGGAUUAUACACCCUUACGGAAGCCUAAGUCCGCAACAAAUACGCCUACACACGGCGCUUCGUCAUUAAAUGCAAAUAACGCGAACGCGUAUGCACGCACGGUAUCGCCAUCCAAGCUAUCACCAUAUGCUAAAGAAUUUGUGCCACGUUUCGGUGGUAGCGGUAGUAAUUCUGCAGCUGGCGCUCAGGAGCGUUUAGAACGACAUCAGCAACAGUACAAUCAGCAAACCUAUCAACAAUACCAUCAACAAUCGACGCGUCCACAACGUUACUCCAAUGGUUAUCAACAAAAUAAUCAUCACAAUCAUAAUCAACAGCAAUACGGUCACCAAAUCACCUCAUUGACGGCAUCCGUACAGGAACGCUUAAAAAUCGGCAACGCCUCCGGUAGUAGUGGGAACAAGAAUACUGCCAAUAAUUAUUAUAGCCAAAAUCAGUCACAUCAACAUCCUAGGCAUAAUAAGCAUCAUAAUCAACAUCACGGUGGACAAGGACGCUACCAACGUCACAAUCAUUCGGGCGCUACAAAUUCAAAUGCUGGCAAUGGUACCACCAGCUCAGAUGUAGAAACAAUUGCACUUGACUACUUGAGAACCGUGAUUCAAUGUCUAAAUCAAAAUCCCGGACAAUUUGACACAACUGCUACAAGGUUUCUUACCAUAUUUGAGGGUAUGGAGAAUAACCAAUAUGUACUGUCGAAUGCAAUGGAAGAUAUCUUCAAUGAAUCCAUACAGAAUCCCAACUUCCGUUACAUGGGCGCUAAGCUCUACAAUCUUUUGCAUAUGCUCAACUUAAAGAAAGACUCACUUUUUCACACCUUGCUCAAAUGCAAGCUGGACUAUCACCAGCAAGAGGUUAUGCAAUAUAUGAAGACAAAUCAGCAACAAAAAGUGCGUGAAACGGCUCUCUUCCUCGCUGAAUUAUAUAUGCAGUUGCGCGGUGACGACACACGCAUACACCUAAUUGCCGAAAAUAUAGUGUACUCACUUAAACAGCUACUAUCGAAGGAGUCUUCCGACAAUAUACGUUGCAUUUGUUUAACACUGAAAUUGGCCGGCUAUGAUUUGACUGCAGACUGUCCAAAUGAAAUGCGUGAAAUUAUCGAGAUUUUACAAGCUGUCAAUCAGCGAUCACAGGGUAAAUAUCCGUUAGCAGCUAAUGUAAUAGCAUUGCAAAAGAAUAAUUGGGGACGCAAACUGAAUUCACCAACCGCCGAGGUGGAAGCUGCAGCAGCAGCGGCGUCAAAAGCACCAGAACCAUUGCGCAUGAGCGACGAACCUAUAUUCUAUGGGCCAGAUGGACGUGAAUUGACGGCGGAAGAGACCGACUUCUUGUCUGAUGGAGCAGCGGCUGUGCCGGGUAGUGGUUCCACUGAUGAAGACGGCGAGGGUGGCGAUCUCGAUAUCGAUCUUGAUCCCGAAAUGGAUGAAGAGACCGAAAAGGCUUACAAAGAGUUUUGCAAGCAAAAUAACGCUAGUACAUAGGUAACAGCAAUACAGUGCAGUAAUUUAGUAAUGUGUAGUUGGCGGAAACAACUUGAAUAUUUUCCAAAACCGCAACAAAACAAUUCCGCCAUAUACAAGUUUCUUCACAUUCUUACCGAGUAAAAAAACAAAAAUUUGUACACAGUUAUACAUAUACAUACAUACAUAUAUGAGCAUAGUGCCCUGCCAAUGUAUUAUUAAGUGUCUAGCAAAUUUCCAGGCAUAUUAUCUCUAAAGUUAAUGCUGUGAGUUUCUGGGCUUGAUCGAAUAUAUAUAUUUUCGGGGUGUGCUUUACUUUUAGGCUGAAAUUACAGUUGUCGCAUGUGAUGUUAAUGAAAAAAAAAACAAAAGCAAAAACAAAAACGUUAAUAAAACUAUAACAAAAUGUAAUACUAAUUUAGAAUUAAAGAAAACAAAAAUGGUAUGAACGAGUUGAUUUGAAGCCUACAGAUAAUAGAGUAUAUAGUGGAGAAUCACCUAUGCUUUUUUGCAAAGUUAUUCAAAUGCGAUCUUUGAUGUGAUAUUAAAUGCAUAUGUUUAGUGUUCUUUUUGGCGAUUUUUGUAUGCAUGCAUUGAUUCUCAUAAUAUUUUAGUUGUUAUUGUUUUAGACAUAACCUCAAACACUUAACACUUCUAGGAAGUAAAUUCCCUACAAGUGCAUUAGGUAACAGUAAAUUGUCGAAAUCAUUACACUCCACAUCAAAUUAAAAAUAUAUUUUUUUAUAGCUAGAAAUAUGUUUGUAGAUUUUUCGAAUUUUGAAAUUGAAAUUUUCUCUUUAUAAACGACUAAAUUGUAAAAAGUUUUUUUUUUCUGUUUUAUUUUAAUUUAUUAUAUUAAAUUCUCUUGAAAAAGGACAAUGAAAACGAAACUGCACUUACUAUAACUCGAAAUUUCCAGUCGUCUGACGCAUGGUUGGCGCAAUACUAACUGUAAUUUCAGCGUUUAUUAGUCUUUUCAAACGGGAAAACCAAAAAAAAAAAAACAAAUCAACAAA